AAAUAAGAUAUGAAGGAUCUGGAGUAUCGAGUACCCUCACCUCACUACCUCAGACUGACACUGGAAGACAGAGCUCUCUGUCUGAACAAUUUUGACGACCCUAUCCUCACAUCCACCAGACUCUGUGUCCAACCAAGCCUGUCUGAUGAAUUAAUCACAGCUGAACUUCAUGAAGCCAAAUCUGCAAUGGAAAGGAAAUCUAAUGAUAUGCAGUAUAGAGGAAAUUCUGGCUUAACCAUUCUUUCAGGGGAGGAAACCAGCACUUCAGAGGAGGAAGAUGAGGAGGAAAAAGAGUUCCACAUAGAUUCCCCUGUAAUAGGAGGGGCACAUGGACCAGUCAUCACCAAAUGGUUACAACGCCAUUUUUUGAUUCAACCAAACAACACCUUGAGUCGAGGUGAGAUAUAUCGGGCAUAUAUCGAACACUGUCAAAGGAACAACUUAACUCACUGUAAUCCGGCCACAUUUGGUAAGGUCCUGCGAUCAGUGUUCCCCGACAUCAAAACAAGAAGGAUAGGGACAAGAGGAAACUCCAGAUACCAUUAUUGUGGCAUAGGCAUUAAACUUAAGACAGUGCGGGACAAUGAAAUUGAAGAAGAUAUUACUUCAAUAAGUGAAACAUCAAACAUUGUGGUGGAACAUUCUCAAGAGUUAUUGCCCUUGCUACACAGUUUCCCUACCUGUAAAGACCUUGGACUGCCAGAAACGGAGAAUCAAGUGGUGGAGGAGUUUCUUGAUUUGACAUACAGAUGGCAUGCAGUGAGAAUUCUUGACUGUAUUCUUAGAGCUGAGUUUUAUCAGAUCAAGGAUAUAAUAUGUGAAUUCUGGAGAUCAGUGCCCAUCUCAACACUAAGUGCUUUGUCAGUGCCUCUGGUGGUUGCAGCAAUAGAAAGAUGUGAUCAAAUCCUCUACAGAACCAUCAACGGCAUUCUCUUACCUCAAAUCUUAACUCUGCUUCCAACAGGACUUAUGCUGACAUUGAAGAACUUUGUAAAAAAUCUCCUGUACUGGCAUCAACAUGGAUUGGACAGCAUUCCUCCAGUCAUAAAAUAUGCUAAAAUCAGAGCUUGUCAUCAAUUCAAGACAAGUUUUAUGAGACAGAUUCAGAUAAACCACAUGAGCAUCACUGCUAACAUAGUAGUGAUGAGUCCUAACAUAGCUAGGACAAUCCAGUGGGGCUGGCGCCUGUUACAACAAUCUCUCAGAAACAACCCCUUACUCUGCUCCCAAGAUUCUGCAGGCCAAGAAUUACUUGCUCUGUUCUUGCAGGAAUAUGGCAGUCUUUGGGACAGUUCUUGCUCACUCUCUCAGCAUUUGAAUUGGGUGGAGAGUGUUGUCUUGAAAAGCAUGGAAAAGAUAACACGCCUUUCACAGAAUAAACCCAGACUAAGGGGAGAACUGGUCCGGCAGUUAGUGCUGGAGUGGGCUUUCAUCUGCACCCAGAUUCUCAAAAUACUGACAUUUAUCAGCCCUUCUGCUUUAGGACCACUACAGUUGCUGGAAAUGUUAUAUAGAGAUUAUAUGCUUUUUCUGCUGGAAAGAUGGGAUGUCCAUUUGUUGAAAUGACAGCUAGUCUAGGUGUUAUUGUAAAAAUAUUCAUGUACUUUAUAAUUAUGUUUAGAAAGAACUCCUUUAUUUUUGUAGUGAAUUUAUACCAAAUGAAUCCGCAAUAUCUUCUGUUUAAUUAUUUAACUUUUUAAGAAUAAAUACAUGAAUAUGU